UUUACAUAUUGAUGAUGUCUCUGGCAAGUCACUUCCGGCCUUGAGAAUUUUUUCGCUGUCUAUUAAAUACCUUAAAGAUCACUGUCUUAAGACCAUGCAGGACAGAGGAAUAGAAGCUGGAGAGACAGAAAUCAAAUAUAUCCUGACAGUGCCUGCCAUUUGGAAUGAUCGAUCAAAACAAUUUAUGAGAGUUCCAGCUGUUCAAGCUGGCAUAAAAGAUGAUUACCUAGAGUUAGCUUUGGAGCCAGAAGCAGCCUCUGUUUACUGUCAACGAGUCCCUCUAGAAAAUCUAAAACUCGGAACGGGGAAAGUUAUAAGUGUUCCUGGCACCAGAUACUUAGUUGCAGAUAUUGGAGGGGGAACAGCUGACUUUAGUGUUCAUGAAGUUGAUGAGGAUGGGUCAUUAACAGAGCUCUAUCGCGCCAGUGGGGGAGCUUAUGGAGGGAUAUACGUUGAUGAGAAUUAUCUGAAGAUAUAUGAUAUUAUUUAUGGGGCAGGGACGAUUGAACAGCUAAGAAUUGAUGAUAUGGAGGAAUAUCUCAAUAUUCUCAAAGAGUUUGAAAACAAAAAACGAUCAAUCUCUUCAGAUUCUGAAACUUCUCUCAUUACAAGACUGCCAGCUAUAAUCAAACACAUUAAGUAUAUUGCAGAGACAAUUAAAAAUAUAGAAAAUAUUCUCAUCGUUGGAGGAUAUGGGGAAUGCACUUUACUGCAAGAAAGAUUCAAGAAGGAGUUCCCAAAGUUAAAUAUCGUUAUUCCAAAUGAGUGUAGCGUAGCUGUAAUUAAGGGAGCAGUUUUAUUUGGACACAAUCCUCGAGCAAUAUCUGCUAGAAUAUUGCGGUAUUCUUAUGGGGCAGCUGCAGAUAAUUUAUUUGAUCCUGAAAUUCAUCCAGAAGAAAAUGGAUAUUUUGACAUAGAUGGUAUUGAAAGAUGUCGAAAUGCUUUUGAUCAGCUGAUUGCUAGAGAUACUAAAGUACCUUCAAAUGGGCAAAUAGUAACAGAUAUAGGAUUCCCUCUUACGUACGAUCAAAGAAGUUAUGAACUGAGAUUAUAUUGCACAGAGAAAAUUAAUGCUCCAGUGAUCGACGACAGCUUUCAGUAUGUUGGACGAUUAGAAGUUUCUGUACCUGAAUAUAUCGAGGGGGAUUGGGAAGCAGAAGAACAAUAUAUUUUUGGGAUGACAGAAAUAAAGGUGUCUGCCACAGUAAAGGAAACAGGAGAAACUGUAAAAACUACGUUUGACUUGCUAGAGUAA